AUGGCCUGUCGUAAGCGACCGCUCUACGCAAUGGGGCCUCCGGAAGAUGCGUUUAUGGAAACUCUUGCUGAGGUAAUCCACUAUAUGGGAGUUCCAGAUCCGCCCACACAGGAUGUCACCAGGGGCGCCGAUGUACCGUUCCCGGAGAGUCAUGCUUGCACCAUGGAGCCCAGGAAGCGGCCGCGCUGGCAGGUGUUUCAGUCUUGUAGUUUGAGACAGACGCUAGCUGAGUUGGGAAUUCCGGCGGCUCCUUCGGUGGAUGUCUCCAGGAUGAGAGAGGCUUGGCGGAAGGCGAGGCAGGCGGCUCGCGUGCCGAUCAUGUGCCCAGAGCCUUCAAGCACACGGCUCGUCGAUAGCAUGCCUGACGCAGGGAAAGCUAAUUCUGGAGGGUUGCUUUGUGCCGAAUCCACGACAGUGCAUCUCAGCGAGAUGAUACCCACAACGGGGAUGCGGAAGGAAGGAGUGCAGAACCCUGUGGUCCAAGGAGGGGUUCAGCCACAGCAAUGCGAAGAGUUGAAAAGGGGAGAGUCGAAAGAUUCAGAUGCGCUUUCACUUGUCAAGAAAGAGGAUUUUGAGUUCCUCGAGUGGCAAGGCCACAAUGACGCGAGAAUGCUGCUCCGGCGGAUCCACAACGAGACCUUCGGAGACGAGGCUGCGUCCUAUCAGCAGUACAUAGGCAUGUCCUUGGGGGACAUGCCUCCUAAGAUGGGGCUGAUUCGCUUCCUGCAGCGCUACAAAGGGGGCCAUAGCACGUCCGAUUUCUACUUUGAGCACAAUUGGAGCGAAGGCAGUUGUUCUGCACGACUCGUUGUUCCGGCCUUCUCCGACCACAGUUAUGAAGGCGAAGCCUGCGAGACGAAAGGGCAGGCAGAAGCCUCUGCAUAUGAAGCCUUCAGCUUGGAUGACUAUGUGCAGUACGUUGCGUCCAGACUGCCACCGUCCAUCAAGCACCUCCGGCGACUUGUCCGCUUGACGUGCUAUGAGGCCAGGGCAUUGGUGCAGAUGGGGAUUGAUCUGCAACGCCUGCUCAAGAUGAUGGCGAAGCAGUUGCACAGGGGCUUCGAAGAUUUGGAGUGCACAACUGCAGCAUGGGAGGAUAAAGCGAAUGAGGAGUGCCGACAGUAUUUCAUCCAGCACUACAAAUCUCAAAACGUCGAAGAGCGGGAAGCUGCCAUAGGUACGGAACGUGCAAGCCCAAACGAUGUGCAGCCCAUGCCCCCAACCAAAACCAAGCCCGACGAUUCGCUGGCUUUCAAGGAGGCUGAGCGAAUCGCUGCAGAACGAAAAGCGGCUGCGAAAGAGCCGGAGAAGGCCCCUGUGCCGAGCCCUGCGCCCGCGCCCGCGCCAACGCCGACCCCAGCGGCCCCUGUAGCUGAGGAGGAAGAUCUUUGGGAGGUGGUUGGUGGAGUUGACAAGGGCGGCAUCAUGGUGCGGGAAGGCGAGAGCACCACCUCGACGCAGACGGCAGAUCGCUUGUCCACAGGUGCCGUUGUGUUGCUGCUUGAGCUCAAGGGCGACAGGCUCCACUACAAGCUGAAGAGCGGCACGGGUCCAGAAGAAGGAUGGGUGAGCAUUCGGCUGAAAGGGAACGACCUGGUGAUCCCUAUAGUUGGUGAGAACGGCCCCAAAAGGCGGCCCCCUCCGUGGAAAAAUGUGAAGCAGCCGCAGAUUUCCUAUCAAGAGAUGACGGAAAUCGCAAGCAAAAACGACCCUGGCGACUACUACGGCAUGAAGUUCCCUUACACCAAGGACAUGAUCGUUCAGAUGGGACCAGAGUGGUUGACCCAGGCCUUUCACAAGAGCGGCGUCCUUCCGCGGGACAAUGCCGUGACGAAGAUCUCGGACGCCAAAGAGUUUGUUGGAGGUGGCGCAGGUCUCAAAUGCACCUUCACAGUGGAGUACAAGAAGGAUGCACCCUACUUGCACAAGAAGCUUUUUGCCAAGCUCCCCCACAAGCCGGGCGGUUCAGAUCGAUACUACGUCUCCUGCAUGUGGAAUCACGACAGGCCGGAGAUCGUCUUCAACAUCUUCCUCCAG